AUGUCGUCUUGGGGAAGUAAUGCUCUAAGAAUGUCAUCAGGCAUCCAAAUAAAACCAAAGACUGCAGUACAGAAAAGCAAGACAUCUCCUGUGCCAUGUUCUCCAGAACCUGCAAUUAAACCACAGCCAAAGCCUAGUGACAAGCUGAAUCCUAAAACUAUUGAUCCGUUUGGUGCUCAUUCUCGACCACCUUCUGCAUUUGCUGCUAUAUACACUAAAGGUGGCAUUCCAUGCAGGUUAGUGCAUGGCUCAGUUAAGCACAGACUGCAAUGGGAAUGCCUUCCUGAAACUGUUCCCUUUGAUCCUCUUCUUGUAACAUUGGCAGAGGGUCUAAGAGAGACAAAACAUCCCUAUACAUUUGUUUCAAAGGAGGGUUUUAAAGAAUUGCUUACAGUCGAAGGAGCUGCUGCAAAAGCAAUCCCCUUGUUGCCUCGUCUAAUUCCAGCGUUAAAGGCUACUUUGGCUCAUUCAGACGAUGAAGUAUUCGGAAGGGGAUUGGAUGCUUUAGUUCAACUGAGUGCUGUUGUUGGCCCAUCUCUUAAUGAUCAUCUUAAGCAUUUACUCACAAAUCUUUCAAGGAGAUUAAUGGACAAGAAAUUUAGAGAAAAAAUUACGGUUGCUUUACAAAAGUUGGAGCAAUAUGGUGGAAAGGCAACUGUGACGAUCAUCAAAUCUAAAAUUCCAACCUAUUGUUCUAUCUCCUCUUGA